AUGGCGCAAGCUACUUCCACAUCGCUUGUUCUUGCAUGCCUGCUGAUGGCCACCAUCAUGGCUCCUGGUGGCACCUCCGGUACCUCGGAGGCCCUGCCAACCACGACCGGCGGCGGUGUGCGGCCGCCUGCCACAGCGGCGACGCUGCCAACACUUGGCGGCAGGGGCGGCCUCUCCACCACCGACACGGAGGCGCCGCCAACGACGACAGGCGGGAGUGGGCACUGGCCGCCCGCAGCCAUGGCGGUGACGCUGCCAACAGUAGGCGGGGGCGGCAGCGGCCUCUCCACCACGGACACGGAGGCGCCGCCCACCAUGACAGGCGGCAGUGGGCACUGGCUGCCUGCAGCCACGGCGGUGACGCUGCCGCCAACGCCAACAGUAGGCGGCUGCGGCCACGGCCUCUCCACCACCACGGACACGGAGGCACUGGGCGGUGGCAAGCUGCCGCUCUGGGUCGAGCGGCUUCUGGCCCUGGGCGGAGCGCGGCCAUCGCUCGGAGAAAUGGUGGGGACGAAGCGCGUUGUCGUGGCCAAGAACGCCACCAGCGGCGACGGCCAGUUUGCCAGCAUCACCGCUGCUUUGGCGGCGCAAGAGGACCAAAUUGGUAGCGAGCAAAGCAUUCUCACCAUAUUCAUCAAGGAGGGAGUGUACAAUGAGACUCUAAACAUCACCCGGAAGCAUGUGAUCCUGAUCGGAGAAGGCGCCGGGAAGACGGUGAUCACCGGGAACAAGAGCCACCGGUUUCACAACCUCAGCACGCCGGACACUGCUACCGUGAGUGUUCAUGGGAAGGGCUUCAUGGCCCAGGACCUCACGAUCCAGAACACGGCAGGCCCAGAGGGUCUGCAGGCAGUGGCGCUCUUGUCAAGAUCGCACUUCUCCCUGGUCUACCGGUGCUCGAUCGAGGGGUAUCAGGAUACCCUCGACGCCGACACCGGAGACCAGAUGUAUCUGGAGACGGACAUCCACGGCACCGUGGACUUCGUGUUCGGCUACGCCAGGGCAGCCUUCCUGGGUUGCCGGCUCCUGGGCGCCAACCUCACGGGGGUGGAGACCUUCCUCGGCCGCCCGUGGAAGGAACACUCCCACGUGAUCUUCAUGGAGACCUUCCUCGGCUCCAUCGUCAACUUCACCGGCUGGGUGGAGUGGAACCGGAGCAACGGCCACAUUCCAGACACGGUGGUGUAUCUGGAGUACGCCAACUACGGGCCUGGCGCCGACACGAGCCGCCGCAUCAACACCACCGCCGUGCGCGUCGUCACCGACUGCGGCGAGGCGGCGCAGUACACCGCGGACCCUUUCGUCAACGCCAGCGCCUGGAUGCCCAAGGACAAGGAGGGCAGGGACAUCAUCCCCUACGCACGCGGCUUGAUCCGCGACCCGGCGUGCCCAGCCCCUCCAACAAGGGCAUGUGCUAGCAAGACCUAG